AUGUCUGUCACGCUACAUACCAAUUUUGGGGAUCUCAAGAUCGAGGUUUUCUGCGAAAGCGUGCCAAAAACAGCAGAGAACUUCCUGGCGCUGUGCGCUUCUGGUUACUAUGACCUCUCACCCUUCCACCGUCUGAUACCCAACUUCAUGGUGCAGACCGGAGGUCCUGCCAACCCAACGCCAGACAACCCCAAGGGCGGCCAAUCCAUCUGGGGAGGCACGUUCGAGGAUGAGAUCCGGCCAGCCUUGAAGCACAACGCUCGCGGCACGGUUUCCAUGGCCAACAAGGGACCUGGAACCAACGGCUCCCAGUUCUUCCUGACUUUCGACAAGGCACCCCAUUUGGAUGGCCUGAACACGGUCUUUGGAAAGAUCCUUGGCGACGACAGCCUCACCACGUUAGCCAAGCUGGAGGCGAUAGAGGUGGACAAGAAGAACCGCCCGAAGGAGAAGGCUUUCAUUGAGAAAGUGACGAUCCACGCAAAUCCCGUCGCCACGUAG